AUGUUUACUCACGCCUCCAAUUCAAAUUACUACUUUCCACAAUACUCCGAAUUUUCGGACGCCCAAGGCAAUGCCACUGUGAGCAAUCCACCCGUCGGUCAACAGUCAGCGAUUGAAGUAGAAUCACAAUACUACACCACUUACAACGAUGGGUCUACCCAGGAUGCCCAAACUCAACCAUCUGCCUAUUCUGGCUAUAUUCACUACGAACCCCCUUCAUACACAUGGCCUCAACCAAUAGAACAGAGGGCAUGGGACGGCAUGUCGACGGACAUCCACCCACCUGAAUACACCUAUACAAAGCGGUAUCCAGAACAGACAGAACAAGAGGCAAGGGAUUUCGAGCAAGUUGAGCCGCCGCAACACCACUUUGAAGGGCUUAAUGCGGCUCAGAUUGAAGUUCCUGCAGUCCCAAUAGUGUGUGGGGGGUUCGAUCAGCCUAAGAUCGCUGAGUACCAAUUAGACGGGGCUAUGAAACCUCCAUUUUCGUACAUCACUCUGAUUGUCUCCGCAAUGAUGUCGAACAAAGAAAAAAGGGCAACACUGAGUGAAAUAUACUCAUGGAUUAUGAACCAUUUUGCCUACUACAGGAAGAACACCAAAAGGUGGCAAAACUCCGUUCGCCACGCACUCUCCUUCAACGACUGCUUCACGAAGGUCCCCCGCCCCCCUGGGGAGACCGGAAAGGGCGCCUACUGGACCCUCCACGAGGGCGCAACCGGGAUGUUCGAGAACGGCUCGUCGAUUCGACGAUGCCGCAAAUUCGUCGACGAACAGCGCGUCAGACCCCGAUCGGGCAGAAGUCGUAGGAGGAAGGUUCAGGAAAGUGGAGAAGAAAAAGAACGUGCUCCACAGGGUGAUGCUGGCCAUCCCUCCCCGACAAACCAACCAGCUGAACCGCCGCAACGCCAAGCGUAA